CGUGUAGCUCCACAGCUCACAUUGUAGAUCACAACUUUCACGACUGCACCUCCCAUGACAGCAUAGGAAAACAAGACUAACGAAGACAAACAAACAGGGAAGCAGAAGGAAAACAACGGACUCACAUUGACUGAAAUUGUUAAAGGAAUUUACUGUGGCGCACCGUGCGUAAAAGGCGCACUGGCCACUUUGCUGCGCGCUUCAAUUGGUAACAUUUGAUUUUUGUUUUUAAUUGAAGAUUACUUUUUCGGAUUUUCAUCCCCAAGGGUCUGAGCAAGUAAUGUUAAAAAUGACAGAGGAGCAUGACAAAUGUGGCAGCGACCAGCCGUGCAGUCCAUCUGGCACAAACAGCUCCAUGUCCCAGGACGAGUCCGACUCCGAUGCUCCGUCCUCACCAACGGGCUCCGACGGCCAAGGAUCCCUGCUCGCCAGUUUGGGCAAGAAACUAGACUCGGAGGAUGACGACCGGUUCCCAGCUUGCAUACGGGAUGCCGUCUCUCAGGUCCUCAAGGGGUACGACUGGUCCUUGGUGCCUAUGCCCGUGAGGGGGAACGGAUCCCUGAAGAAUAAACCUCACGUCAAGAGACCCAUGAAUGCGUUCAUGGUUUGGGCGCAAGCGGCCCGCAGAAAGCUGGCGGAUCAGUAUCCACAUCUGCACAAUGCCGAACUGAGCAAGACUCUGGGAAAACUGUGGCGUUUGCUCUCAGAAAGUGAGAAGAGGCCAUUUGUAGAUGAAGCAGAGAGACUCCGGGUUCAGCACAAGAAAGAUCAUCCAGACUACAAGUACCAGCCCCGGAGACGGAAGAAUAUGAAACCAGGCCAGAGCGACUCAGACUCAGGAGCAGAACUGGCACAUCACAUGUAUAAAGCUGAACCAGGGAUGGGAGGACUGGCAGGGAUGACUGAUGGACACCACCACCCUGAACAUGCAGGGCAGCCCCAUGGUCCCCCUACACCGCCCACUACUCCCAAAACAGACCUGCACCACGGGGUGAAGCAGGAUCUGAAACAUGAAGGCCGUCGUCUUGUUGACAGCAACAGGCAAAACAUUGACUUCAGCAACGUAGACAUCUCUGAGCUCAGCACUGAUGUCAUCAGCAACAUGGAGACCUUCGACGUGCACGAGUUUGACCAGUACCUCCCCCUCAACGGCCAUGUCUCGGGCUCCUCCACCCUACCUUCAGACCACAGCCACGGGCAGGCUCCAGCCCCUGGUGGCUCUUACAUUUCCUCAUACAGUCAUGCAGGCGCCAACGGGUCAGCGUGGAGUCGCAAGGGCACCAUGUCCUCCUCUGCUCCCUCCGCCAGCGAGGUGGGCCAGCACCGGCUCCAUAUAAAAACAGAGCAACUGAGCCCCAGCCACUACAGCGAGCACUCCCACGGGUCACCCUCACACUCCGAUUACGGCUCCUACAGUAGCCAGGCCUGUGUCACCUCGGCCACAUCAGCUGCCUCGGCUGCAGCCUCUUUCUCCAGCUCCCAGUGUGACUAUACUGACCUCCAGAGCUCCAACUAUUACAAUCCUUACUCCGGCUACCCCUCUAGCCUCUACCAGUACCCCUACUUUCACUCAUCCAGGCGGGCCUACGGCAGCCCGAUCCUUAACAGUCUGUCCAUGGCGCCUGCCCACAGCCCCACCGCCUCUAGCUGGGACCAGCCCGUCUACACCACGCUGUCUCGACCCUGAAGGGACGAGAAACAGUCAGUUCGCACCAGAGACUCAUUCAGAUUGAUGCACUACUAAUGAAGGAAGUAAGGAGCAGGUGGAGAAGUGUGUGUAGUAGGCUUCCUGUGACCAUUUGAACGUGAAGCAAACAAAAGAAAAAAGUGCCUGCUGAUUUUAUACAAAGUUAUAUCGCUGCGAUGAAAACACUGACUUUUUUUUUACACAAAAACAAAUUGUGUUGUUGGUGAGCCAAAACUCCUCCAUGAGGACAUGUCGCCUACGCCUACAUCCUGUACAUCCCCCAUCUUUUUCAGUUUAAGAUUGCACGUGUGUGAACAUUUGAGGUAAAGCAAAAGGCCUGCCACCGAGUCAGGUAGGAGAGAAAUGCUUUGGCUCAAUUCUGUUGUGAAGCAGAUGGAGAAGCAGGAAACAUUGGAGAACGUACACGGGACCGAUUAUGUGAAUUUGCAGUGAAAUUUACAUUAAUGGCCAGAGCUAUAUAUCGCACCCCAUUUGCAUCUGUCGAUCAGUCUUAACUAAAUGGCUCUUAUGAAUCUUAUAGUGUCAUUUUGGCAUAAAAGUCUUAUAUGUAUUUAUGUUCAAGCAUUAUUGUUUUUCCUUUGUUCUUAAGUAGAUGAACACAUGUAAUGUGGGUUUGGUUAUUUACAGUGCUGUUUGGUUUUUAAUGAAAACAAGGUAAAUGAAGUGAAAGACAAUACAAAUACAACAAUUUCAAUAUCAUUCCAUUUAAGACCAUUUUUCAGUAACAUCUCCAUUCCAAGUUGCAAGCAGACAGAGCUAGCCUAACAUGCGCUCGCAUAGGACAGAACAGGUGUAUGAAAGCUAUGCUUGGCAAAUUGCGAUUAGUCAUGAUCUAGGGUUAAAGGAAAUGGGGUAAAAUAACACCACACACUCUGAGUGACAUGUCAGCUGGACCUCCUGUAUACGUGGAUGAACAUGUAGGCUAUAUGUACACGCAUCUGUCUGUGUGUCAGGGAGAUAAAGUGCUUCUCUAUGUGUGAGCAAUUUCCUUGCGAGAGAGAUACAUAUCCCAUGACGUAAUACACACCAAAUGAUACUUAAUCAACUCUUCAAAUUAUCUUUGAAUUCAUCCGUUACUCACAGAAGACUGUUUAGGAUUUAAGGAGGAAAUGAAGAGUGUGUGAGUAUUUGCCCAUAUUUAUCUCAUCAACCAAUAAGUGGCAACUCACUGCUGCAGUCUCACGCAAAACGUUUUUGUGCCUUCUAAUGCUUCUUGUCAGUAUUUCAGUAUGAAAUUGAUUUAUUAACAUACUUCAGGCAGCACACAAUCAGUAAUCAACACCAGAGAAUCCUACAGUUAACCUACUCCUGAUUAUAUCCUUAAUUUGAUAUCAUUCCUUUCAGCCUUGGUUUGUAAUGUUCUGUGAGAUGCUGUAUGCGAAACGUACGGAGCAUCCUGCUCUAACUUUUGUCCACGGAACUGUGUUUUGUAUAUUCUGGUGUAUAAUUUUGAGAAAGGCUGUGAAAAUUAUUGUUGUUAUAUUAACUAGAGUUUCAUUCAUACAUGCACAGCUAACCCAUUUGCUGGCCUUUUUUUUUUUUUUUGAAAUAAAAAGAUACUUUUUCUUGA